AUGCCUUCUAGCAAUGCGACGCCUGGCCGAGUGUGGAAGAGGAAACGCCGUCAGUCAAAGUCGAAGGAGGAAAACCAAGGCGCAAAGAUGAAGGGAGACCAAUCGAAUGAGCCGCCUAAAGCUGCGGGUUCGUUUGAUGCAUCAAAGCUAGGUGCUGAAGGGAACCACGCUGCACUUACCGUUGAAAGGGUUGUACGUCGGUAUCCAAAAUUGGAGCGACGACUCUACGAACCCCUCGUUCUGGUACAUGUUAUAGAUCCAGUUCGAGGUGUUCGGUUUAACAAUACAAAUGACACCACUGAUGACACGUUGGAUAAACUACGAAGAUCUUUCAUCAAUGGAAUCGCAACAAUAUGCGACUUUCGCAAAGGAGGUGACACUGUCACAGCUGCGGCAUUGCAAGCCACCCCCGAGCACACAGUUAUCUGGCUCUCCGCCAACAAAACCCCAAGUGCUAAAACUGUAAAUUAUUUAGAAGGAAUUCUUGCAAUUCUUACAGAGGUGACGGUAGAGAAAAGGUCAUCCACAAGUGAAGAAAUUAUACGCAGGAUCAUUGAGUUUUGCGAACCAAGGCUGAGCCAUUAUUGCAAUGAGCUGGUGAAAGAGCUCCCGAAAUGUCUGAACAAGAUAAAGUCUCUCGAAGAGGCAGUGCAGUUGACCGACAGUGAUCCCGAAUUGUCCAAGGCAAUUCAGUGGUUGCAAGAAAUGCAGAAACUCACACUACAACAAGAGAAGCCCAUCAAAGACAUCAUGAACUUCUGUAUCAGAGGUCGAUGUUUUUCUCCAACUCUUGCUAGCCUGGCGAGAAGAGAAACCGAUAUGCAUAAACCAAUAACGCGAGCAAUGCACUACGUCGGACGUUUGGUUGUUUAUUUGAAAUGUGCUAGAGCCUUAGUGGACGGCGCCCUAGACUUGCCUCAGUUGCUGGACGGUUAUCAGCUUCGUAUAUGCGAGUCGCCUAACUACGUUCAAUCUCCACUUAACCCUGAGCAGUCAACGCUUGCCGGAAUCGUUGGUCGUAUGUUCCAGGGAUCUAUCGCCGACCAAACCCGUUCGGAUCUUGAAAGGUUGGAUAUCUUCUGUGACAUACCAGAAAAAUUGAAGGAUGCAUGUACGUUUAGGACUCGAGUCCACGCGGAGCUUCUAUUGGUUGACAAAUUUCGAUCGAACAAAUGGGAGUUCUUUGCAGGUGAUCGAUAUGUUGGUUGCAGCAAACCAGCGUGCUUCUGUUGCUACCAUUACAUCAACUCUCUCCCAGAGAGAUAUUUUGUAGCACAGUGCCAUAAUAAGGUCUACACGCAUUGGCGAGCUCCAGACCUUACUGAUAUCCAUGAUUUCAGUGCAGCAAAAGUGAGGGAAGACGCGUUGAAUGUUGUGAUCGCGAAACUUCGUACGGAAGUUCGUCGCUGUAUAGAUGACAGGCCGGUGAGGAUUCGGCCGCAUUUCGAUUCCAUUACCGGUUCUAUGUCGGUGCCUCAAUCGAACGAGGCAUUGUAAAAUUACGGCAUGCCUACGCUCCAUCCCCGGUCGAUGCUAGAUAACUAUUACUCGAUUAUCGAGUCGUGACUUGAGACAAUGCAUGCUAUGUGCUUCGGCAUCGGUAUUCCCGAACCGGAUCUUUAUAUGGAUGAAAAGGAACAAGGUCUAUUUUCAUUUCGCAAGUCUACUAAGUCAACCUUUUGAUGGAAUGAUAGGUUCGAAGUGAAAGCAAGCAUAGGUGAUUGUAUUAUUGUUGUCUUCUCAUAAGGUUGACAGUAUCCAUACGGUAGGCAAAGUAGCCCUACCGUCCAACAUUUGUAUAAAGCACUAACGAGCAGACACUGGCAUCAUCUUCUGUGUUAUUUUUUUAUUUUUUGUUUUUAAUUGGAGCUUAUUUCUGACCUCGUGUAUGUACCGGGGGAUCAUGUCGGCUUCCAAAGGGCAACGAGCUACACAAUAGCGCAUUUAAAUUGAUCAAGGGAUUCCCUCCAACAUUUGAUACUCUGCUUCGUGACCAAUCCAUAUCUCUACUCAGCUGGGAGGCAGGUAUACGUCGGGGGCUAAACUUCCCCGGUGGAUCACACGUUGUGUGCCUAGGUGCUUUCUGCAAGGUCGGUUCUUUGCUGUAUUAGCCCUCAUAUGAAGAGGGAAGCGGUCACAAAAGAGUCUCGGAAGCAAGACAUCAGAUGUUUCGUUUCACCCGAUAUUUUCUUUUUUCUUUUUCUUGGGCUUCUCAAGGAAGCAUUGGGCAGGUUUAACUAGCUUGGUGAUUGCUCAGCCCGCUUGAGUGUUUCAGUCAAGCAGAUUCUUAAAGCAGCCUGUCUCCAGAGCCACUCUAACCCUAGUAUGUACGCACAAUUGCAGCAAUGUGGGAAACUCCACAUUCCCUUACUCCGUAGUAGCGGUAGCUACCCACACGCGAGGCUGUUUUUGCUCGUGUGUCGAGAUCACUCCAUUAUUAGACGGAUGGCAGCUGCUUUGACUGCCGCUUGGGCAAACCUAAAAGGUGAAGUCGGCCAUUACAUGGCCAUAAAGCAACUGCAAGAUUAUGUCUGGCUCACAAGCUCUUCACGCAUCUUUUGCGAGCCCU